AUGAAACAGUUAUUUACUAUCAGUGGGCGAUAUGCUGCCACUGAAGAUGUAUCGAUUACACCACAGGGACUCGGUUUAUCAUGGAAUACACGUUUAAAAGGUUUUGGCAUAUGUUUGCUUAUUGCUGUGAUACUUGGCAUCGUUGCGAUUAUUAUCUAUUUUCUUGGUGGUGAUAUUUCUGGUUUUGCUGUUCUUUAUAGUUUCGCAGUUAUUGCUGGUGUUGGAUCUACACUGUUUUUAAUGGGACCAAUGAAUCAAUUAAAAAAAAUGUUUGAUCCAUCUCGAUGUAUUGCUACCCUUGUCUUUCUUGUAUGUGUUGUUAUGACACUUGUAUCAGCUAUUGCCAUAAAAAUUGCUGCUCUUGUUCUUUUAUUUAUUAUUCUACAAUUUCUUGCUCUACUGUGGUAUACACUUAGUUACAUUCCAUUUGCGCGGUAA